GACUCGCUGCCCUGCUGGCUGCUUGGGAUGAGACAGCCCCCGGCGGCGCAUCGUCUGCAGCAGCACCCAGCGGGGGAGCGGGCCGCGGCGGGAGAAGAGGACACCGUGCGGGGCCGUUCUGUCCCAUUCUCUGUCGUGUGAGCCAGACCCAGGAAUGGGAAUUGAAAUCUGGUCUUCCACUUGACAAUAUGGAGCACUAUCUGGUCCACUUUUUUACAUUGUGAUUUCAUGGAAUGGAAAAAGAACAUCUUACCCUAUGAUACUGAAAGCUAUGAAGGUUAUGCAAUGGUCUCUGCAAGAUGGCUUGUUCUUGAGUUGGAGCUUUUUAAGGCAGACCUAUGCUGGUACUUCAACUUUAUUAAACGGACUAUAAUUUCUUCUCUCACGACAACUACAUAAGCAGACAAAAUUGCAAAGAUCUGCCCUGUGUCGAGUAUGACAGCCACGACCCGUGGCUCUCCAGUAGGAGGGAAUGAUAGCCAGGGCCAGGCUCCUGAUGGACAGUCUCAGCCGCCCCUCCAGCAGAAUCAGACUUCUUCACCUGAUUCUUCGAAUGAGAAUUCCCCAGCUACCCCUCCUGAUGAGCAGGGUCAAGGGGAUGCCCCACCCCAACUUGAAGAUGAGGAGCCCGCAUUUCCACACACAGAUCUGGCAAAGUUGGAUGACAUGAUCAACAGACCUCGAUGGGUUGUUCCAGUGUUGCCGAAAGGGGAGUUAGAAGUUCUUCUAGAAGCUGCUAUUGAUCUUAGUAAAAAAGGCCUUGAUGUUAAAAGUGAAGCAUGUCAGCGAUUUUUUCGAGAUGGACUAACAAUAUCUUUCACAAAAAUCCUUACAGAUGAGGCGGUGAGCGGCUGGAAGUUUGAGAUUCAUAGGUGUAUUAUUAACAACACUCACCGUCUAGUAGAGCUAUGUGUGGCCAAGUUGUCCCAAGAUUGGUUUCCUCUUCUUGAACUUCUUGCAAUGGCCUUAAAUCCGCAUUGCAAAUUUCAUCUCUAUAAUGGUACACGUCCCUCUGAAACAGUUCCUGCGGGAGUUCAGCUGGCUGAAGAUGAACUUUAUGCCCGUCCUCCUGACCCACGAUCACCAAAGGGUUGGUUAGUAGAUCUCAUCAACAAGUUUGGCACAUUAAAUGGAUUUCAGAUCCUGCAUGAUCGUUUUAUGAGUGGCUCAGCAUUGAAUGUUCAGAUAAUUGCAGCUCUCAUCAAACCAUUUGGACAAUGCUAUGAGUUUCUAACGCUACACACAGUCAAGAAAUACUUCCUUCCAAUUAUAGAAAUGGUUCCACAGUUUUUAGAAAACUUAACUGAUGAUGAACUGAAAAAAGAAGCAAAGAAUGAGGCUAAAAAUGAUGCUCUGUCAAUGAUAAUCAAAUCUCUAAAGAACUUAGCUUCAAGAGUCCCAGGACAAGAAGAAACUGUAAAAAACUUAGAAAUAUUUAGGUUAAAAAUGAUACUUAGAUUAUUGCAAAUUUCCUCUUUCAAUGGUAAAAUGAAUGCACUAAACGAAGUUAACAAGGUGAUAUCUAGUGUGUCAUAUUAUACGCAUCGGCAUGGUAAUCCUGAAGAGGAAGAGUGGCUUACAGCAGAGAGAAUGGCAGAAUGGAUCCAGCAAAAUAAUAUUUUAUCAAUCGUAUUACGAGAUAGUCUUCAUCAGCCUCAAUAUGUAGAAAAGUUGGAGAAGAUUCUUCGUUUUGUCAUCAAAGAAAAAGCCCUCACUUUGGAAGAUCUUGACAACAUUUGGGCAGCUCAGGCUGGAAAACAUGAGGCCAUUGUUAAGAAUGUACAUGAUCUCCUUGCAAAGUUGGCUUGGGAUUUCUCUCCUGAGCAACUUGAUCACCUGUUUGAUUGCUUUAAGGCAAGCUGGACAAAUGCAAGCAAAAAACAACGGGAAAAAUUACUUGAGUUAAUCCGUCGUCUUGCUGAAGAUGAUAAAGAUGGUGUGAUGGCACACAAAGUAUUGAACCUUUUGUGGAAUUUGGCACAUAGUGAUGAUGUGCCUGUUGAUAUCAUGGACCAGGCUCUUAGUGCCCACAUUAAAAUUUUAGAUUACAGCUGUUCACAGGAUCGGGAUACUCAAAAGAUCCAAUGGAUAGAUCGUUUUAUAGAAGAGCUUCGCACAAAUGACAAAUGGGUCAUUCCUGCACUGAAACAAAUUAGAGAAAUUUGUAGUUUGUUUGGUGAAGCACCACAGAACUUGAGCCAGACUCAGCGAAGUCCCCAUGUGUUUUACCGCCAUGACUUAAUCAAUCAACUUCAGCACAAUCACGCCCUAGUUACUUUGGUUGCAGAAAAUCUGUCUGCGUAUAUGGAAAGCAUGAGACAGUAUGCUAAAGAGUCUGCCCUUCAUCCGGCUUCCGUGCCAUUCUGCCAGGACUUUGAGUACUUCAGCCUUGAUGUGCAGUGCACCCCUGACACCAGUCUCCUCCCAGUAUGGUUUCCUGUUGCCAGUGCCCAAAAAGAAGAGCAUGGAGAGUAUGAUCCACAAACUGUAAGACCAGGAAGUAGAUACAGUCAUGUGCAAGAAGUACAGGAGCGACUUAACUUCCUACGAUUUUUAUUGAAGGAUGGUCAACUGUGGCUCUGCGCCCCUCAGGCGAAGCAAAUAUGGAAGUGUUUAGCCGAAAAUGCAGUCUAUCUUUGUGAUCGUGAAGCCUGUUUUAAGUGGUAUUCCAAACUAAUGGGCGAUGAACCAGAUUUAGACCCUGACAUUAAUAAAGACUUCUUUGAAAAUAAUGUGCUUCAGUUGGAUCCUUCCCUAUUAACAGAAAAUGGAAUGAAAUGUUUUGAACGUUUCUUCAAAGCUGUGAACUGUCGAGAAGGGAAGCUAGUAGCGAAAAGACGAGCUUAUAUGAUGGAUGACUUGGAAUUAAUAGGAUUAGACUACCUUUGGAGGGUUGUGAUUCAGGGAAAUGAUGACAUUGCCAGCAGAGCAAUAGAUCUGCUUAAAGAGAUCUAUACUAAUCUUGGUCCAAGGUUACAAGUUAAUCAGGUAGUUAUCCAUGAAGACUUCAUUCAAUCCUGCUUUGAUCGUUUGAAGGCCUCCUAUGAUACACUGUGUGUUUUGGAUGGAGAUAAAGACAGUAUUAAUUGUGCAAGGCAAGAAGCAAUACGAAUGGUGCGAGUAUUGACUGUUUUAAGGGAGUAUAUAAAUGAAUGUGACAGUGAUUACCAUGAAGAGAGAACAAUUCUUCCUAUGUCAAGAGCUUUUCGUGGUAAGCAUAUCACGCUGGUGGUUCGUUUUCCAAACCAAGGUCGGCAAGUAGAAGACUUGGAUAUUUGGUCUCACACUAAUGACACAAUUGGUUCUGUACGGCGUUGUAUUCUGAAUCGUAUUAAAGCCAACAGUGCACAUACAAAAGUAGAACUGUUCAUUGGUGGUGAGCUGAUAGAUCCCGCAGAUGAUAGGAAGUUAAUUGGACAAUUAAAUCUUAAAGAUAAAACGCUAAUUACAGCCAAGCUUACGCAAAUAAGUUCCAAUAUGCCUUCAAGCCCUGAUAGUUCUUCUGACUCUUCAACUGGUUCUCCGGGCAACCAUGGCAAUCACUAUAGUGAUGGUCCAAACCCAGAAGUUGAAAGCUGUUUGCCUGGAGUGAUCAUGUCACUGCAUCCUAGAUACAUCUCGUUUCUUUGGCAAGUUGCAGACUUGGGCAGUAGCCUAAAUAUGCCACCUCUUAGAGAUGGAGCACGUGUCCUUAUGAAACUUAUGCCACCAGAUAACACUACAGUAGAGAAACUAAGAGCUAUUUGCUUAGACCAUGCAAAACUUGGUGAAAGCAGCCUUAGUCCAUCCCUUGACUCUCUUUUCUUUGGCCCUUCUGCCUCACAAGUGCUAUAUCUAACGGAGGUAGUCUAUGCCUUGUUAAUGCCUGCCAGUGCACCUCUGGGAGAAGAUGCCAGUGACUUCCAAUAUAACUUCUUAAAAAGUGGUGGUUUGCCUCUUGUAUUGAGCAUGUUGACUAGAAAUAAUUUCCUGCCAAAUGCAGAUAUGGAAACUAGAAGGGGAGCCUACCUUAAUGCUCUAAAAAUAGCCAAAUUGUUGCUAACAGCAAUUGGCUUUGGCCAUGUUCGAGCUGUGGCAGAAGCUUGUCAGCCAGUUGUAGAGGGCACAAGUCCAGUCUCACCGAUAAACCAGGCUACCCAUGACCAGGCAGUGGUGCUGCAAACUGCCCUACAGAACAUUCCCAAUCCAACUUCAGAGUGCAUGCUACGAAAUGUAGCAAUACGUCUUGCCCAGCAAAUAUCUGAUGAGGCUUCAAAAUACAUCCCUGAUAUCUGUGUUAUUAGAGCAGUACAAAAAAUUGUCUGGGCAUCAGGGUGUGGGUCAGUACAGCUGGUGUUCAGCUCAAAUGAGGAAAUUAGUAAAAUUUAUGAAAAGACAAAUGCAGGCAAUGAGCCAGACAUGGAAGAUGAACAAGUUUGCUGUGAAGCUUUGGAGGUGAUGACCUUGUGUUUUGCUUUGAUUCCAACAGCAUUGGAUGCACUUAGUAAAGAAAAGGCAUGGCAGACAUUUAUCAUUGACUUGCUAUUGCAUUGUCACAGCAAAACUGUUCGUCAGAUGGCACAGGAGCAAUUCUUUUUAAUGGCUACCAGGUGUUGUAUGGGACAGAGACCUCUGCUUUUCUUCAUUACAUUGCUGUUUACUGUGUUAGGGAGUACUGCAAGAGAAAGAGCUAAGCAUUCAGGAGACUACUUCACCCUAUUAAGACACCUUCUUAACUACGCUUACAACAGUAAUAUUAAUGUGCCCAAUGCUGAAGUUCUUCUUAAUAAUGAAAUAGACUGGCUUAAAAGGAUUAGGGAUGAAGUGAAAAGAACAGGAGAAACAGGUGUUGAAGAGACAAUCUUAGAAGGCCACCUUGGAGUAACAAAAGAGUUAUUGGCAUUCCAAACCCCUGAAAAGAAAUAUCAUAUUGGUUGUGAAAAGGGAGGUGCUAAUCUCAUUAAAGAAUUGAUAGAUGACUUCAUCUUUCCAGCUUCCAAUGUAUAUUUACAAUACAUGAGAAAUGGAGAACUGCCUGCUGAGCAAGCCAUACCAGUCUGUAGUUCACCAGCUACUAUUAAUGCUGGUUUUGAGUUGCUAGUUGCACUAGCAGUGGGGUGUGUCCGAAACCUCAAACAAAUAGUAGACACCUUGACUGAAAUGUAUUACAUAGGUACAGCAAUAACUACUUGUGAAGCGCUUACAGAAUGGGAAUAUUUGCCACCUGUUGGGCCUCGGCCAUCAAAGGGAUUUGUAGGAUUAAAAAAUGCUGGUGCUACUUGUUACAUGAAUUCUGUCAUUCAGCAGCUAUACAUGAUUCCAGCUAUCAGAAAUGGUAUUCUUGCAAUUGAAGGCACAGGCAGCGAUGUAGACGAUGAUAUGUCUGGGGAUGAGAAGCAGGACAAUGAGAGCAAUGUUGAUCCUCGGGAUGAUGUGUUUGGUUAUCCACAUCAGUAUGAAGAUAAACCAGCAUUAAGUAAAACGGAAGAUAGAAAAGAAUACAAUAUUGGAGUUCUGAGACAUCUCCAAGUCAUCUUUGGUCAUUUAGCAGCUUCCAGACUACAGUACUACGUACCAAGAGGGUUUUGGAAACAAUUCAGACUUUGGGGUGAACCUGUUAAUCUCCGUGAACAACAUGAUGCUUUAGAGUUUUUUAAUUCCUUGGUGGACAGUCUAGAUGAAGCUUUAAAAGCUUUGGGGCAUCCAGCCAUGUUAAGUAAGGUUUUGGGAGGGUCCUUCGCUGAUCAGAAGAUUUGUCAAGGAUGCCCACAUAGGUACGAGUGCGAGGAAUCCUUUACAACUCUGAAUGUAGAUAUUAGAAAUCACCAAAACCUGCUUGAUUCUUUGGAACAAUAUGUCAAAGGAGACUUAUUGGAAGGUGCAAAUGCAUAUCAUUGUGAAAAAUGCAACAAAAAGGUUGAUACAGUGAAACGCUUGUUGAUUAAGAAGUUGCCUCCAGUUCUUGCUAUCCAGUUAAAACGAUUUGACUAUGACUGGGAAAGGGAAUGUGCAAUCAAGUUCAAUGAUUAUUUUGAAUUUCCACGAGAGCUGGACAUGGAGCCUUAUACAGUGGCAGGUGUAGCUAAAUUGGAAGGAGAUGAUGUAAAUCCUGAAAAUCAAUUGAUACAAAAUGAACAGCCGGAAAACGAGCACUCUGGGAGCACUAAAUACAGGCUUGUUGGUGUAUUAGUACACAGUGGUCAGGCCAGUGGUGGACAUUAUUACUCUUACAUUAUCCAGAGAAAUGGUGGAGAUGGUGAGAAAAAUCGAUGGUAUAAAUUUGAUGAUGGAGAUGUAACAGAGUGUAAAAUGGAUGAUGAUGAAGAAAUGAAAAAUCAGUGUUUUGGUGGAGAGUACAUGGGGGAGGUUUUUGAUCAUAUGAUGAAGCGCAUGUCCUACAGACGCCAGAAGAGGUGGUGGAAUGCUUACAUUCUUUUUUAUGAACGUAUGGACACAAUGGAUAAAGACAAUGAACUAAUAAAAUAUAUUUCAGAACUAGCUAUGACCACUAAACCCCACCAGAUUAAAAUGCCAUCAGCCAUUGAGCGAAGUGUACGGAAACAGAAUGUGCAAUUCAUGCAUAACCGUAUGCAGUACAGUCUAGAAUAUUUCCAGUUUAUAAAGAAAUUGCUUACUUGUAACAGUGUCUACUUAAAUCCUCCUCCAGGACAAGAUCACCUGUUGCCCGAAGCAGAAGAAAUAACUAUGAUCAGUAUUCAGCUAGCUGCUAGAUUUCUCUUCACCACAGGAUUUCACACAAAGAAAAUAGUCCGUGGCCCUGCCAGUGAUUGGUAUGAUGCGUUAUGCAUCCUCCUUCGUCACAGCAAGAAUGUACGCUUUUGGUUUGCACACAACGUCCUUUUUAAUGUUUCAAACCGCUUCUCUGAGUAUCUUUUGGAAUGCCCUAGUGCUGAAGUGAGGGGUGCAUUUGCAAAGCUUAUAGUAUUUAUUGCACAUUUUUCAUUGCAAGAUGGACCAUGUCCUUCACCUUUUGCCUCUCCUGGACCGUCUAGUCAGGCCUAUGAUAACUUAAGUUUGAGUGAUCACUUGCUGAGAGCAGUACUAAACCUUCUUAGAAGGGAAGUGUCUGAGCAUGGGCGCCAUUUGCAACAGUAUUUCAAUCUGUUUGUGAUGUAUGCCAACCUAGGUGUAGCAGAAAAGACACAACUUCUGAAACUAAACGUACCUGCAACGUUCAUGCUUGUGGCUCUGGAUGAAGGCCCAGGCCCUCCAAUCAAAUAUCAGUAUGCUGAACUGGGAAAAUUGUAUACUGUAGUGUCACAGCUAAUCCGUUGUUGCAAUGUGUCAUCACGUAUGCAGUCUUCUAUCAAUGGUAAUCCUCCACUUUCAAACCCUUAUGGUGAUCCUAAUUUAUCGCAGCCUAUAAUGGCACUUCAGCAGAACGUAGCAGACAUUUUGUUUGUACGAACUAGCUAUGUGAAGAAAAUUAUUGAAGACUGCAGCAACUCAGAAGAGACCAUCAAAUUGCUUCGUUUCUGUUGUUGGGAAAAUCCUCAGUUCUCUUCCACUGUCCUAAGUGAACUUCUCUGGCAGGUUGCAUAUUCAUACACCUAUGAACUUCGACCUUACUUGGAUCUGCUUUUGCAAAUCCUGUUAAUUGAGGACUCUUGGCAGACCCACAGGAUUCACAAUGCACUUAAAGGAAUUCCAGAUGACAGGGAUGGGCUAUUUGACACCAUUCAGCGUUCUAAGAACCAUUAUCAGAAAAGAGCUUACCAGUGUAUAAAGUGCAUGGUAGCUCUUUUCAGCAACUGUCCUGUAGCCUACCAAAUCUUACAGAGCAAUGGAGAUUUGAAGAGAAAAUGGACCUGGGCGGUAGAAUGGCUUGGAGAUGAGCUUGAGCGUAGGCCAUAUACUGGAAAUCCACAAUACACAUAUAAUAAUUGGUCUCCCCCAGUGCAGAGUAAUGAAACAUCAAAUGGUUACUUCUUGGAAAGAUCACACAGUGCUAGAAUGACCCUUGCAAAAGCUUGUGAACUCUGCCCAGAAGAGGAACCAGAUGACCCAGAUGCCCCAGAUGAACAUGAAUCCUCCCCACCAGAAGAUGCGCCAUUGUAUCCUCAUUCACCCGGUUCCCAGUAUCAACAGAAUAACCAUGUGCAUGGACAGCCGUAUACAGGUCCAGCAGCACAUCAUAUGAACAACCCUCAACGAACUGGCCAACGAGCACAAGAAAAUUAUGAAGGCAGUGAAGAAGUUUCCCCACCUCAGACGAAAGAUUAGUUAAAUGCACAUAAUCAAUUAACUUGCUCCAUCAAGACUGUGCACCCAGGCCUUACAGUCCAACCUUUUUCUGUGUCUGGCUAAUAUUUAAAACUAGAAAAACUAUUCCUAAUCAACAUGGAGUGGAGAGUCUAUUCACUGUCUUAUCUGCAGAAAAUUGCUGUCAAUAUAUAACCUGCCUGCAGUGGAAAGUGUAUAGUGUUUUGUAAUAAAUGGCCUGAUGCUAAUGUGUAAAUGGCAAAGGUGUAUAUAGUAUAUUAAUGUUUGACUGUUAAUUCUUAAGCAAGAAACAUUUUUUUUGUCUUGAUGAGACUCACAGAUCUACAAAAACAAAAAGUAACUUCUUGAUAUAUCCGCUACGCUCUGCAACCAGUGUUGCCUGCCUAAUGGCAGUUGGAUCAACUCCUUUAUGAAAAAGCCUAUCCAUGUCAACCACAAAAAUAGUUUCAUGUUAAUUCUUUGCCACUGGAGUCGAUUUUACUAUGAGCAACGUAAUGGCUGGUAACCUUUUAAUUAUUUGGUUGAUGUGGAAAAUUGGUGAUGUAACAUUGUUUCUAGAUCUUUUUUCAUUGCCUUUUUCAUUCUGGUAUUAGGUUAAUCACUUUGAAGCUAUAGUUAUGCUGUAACAUUUAGCAUGGCUUCACACCAGGUUAGUGUAGCCAAUCGGGGCAAAAAACCCAACCAUGACAGUAGUUGUCCCAAAAUGACGGCUGUAUUGCUCAGAGCUUUUUCUUCUUACACCUAGACUACAAAAUGGGGGAGGGAGGGAAAAUGUGACAAACAAGUGGUUUUCAGUUGCACAUAUGUUCCUCACAUCUAAUGUUGGACAGUUCUCUCUGGGUGGGAUAAAAACACUUAGUUUUCAGUAAUAGGAAUUUAAAAGAUUUAAAACAAAUAUGCAAAAAUUUUGCUAUGCCAGGAUGCCUGGAGCAUAAUAGACUGUAUUUGGUGUGCUUGUUUUGUUUCUUUGGUAGAGCUUAUUAGAUAAACUACUAACACUUUCCUUCUACUGCAUCCCAGUGAAGUGGAAGUCAACAAAAUCACACAGUACUUGUGAGUGCUACUGCACCAAGUUAACUUGCUGGUUUUCUGCUCAUUCACAGUUCUACUUGAAAGCAAGAAUUGUCUUAGCUCUUUAACCAUUAUACAAGAAAUCUUAACUUUAGACGCAGGGUUUAAUUAUAAAAGAAACUACUGGUUAGUCACAUACGAUUCUAAGGUAUCUCUAGUCUGGAAUAAACAUUUGUUUAAAGACUUCAAGAAACGCAUCAGUAAAUACUGUAUUUAAAUGAAAAUUGGUAACUUGAAUGUGUGUAAUUUUUUGCAACCUGUCUAAAAACCAAAUACCCCUGCAAAACAGAUGCAGCCCACCCUAUACUAUUUAAAUAUUUUGCUGUUUUAUUUUAUAGAAAUUAUUUUGCUGAAUUCACAAAUAGAAUUUGAUUUAAGAAGAAUAUUUUGUCCUGUGGUGUGUGGUUUUUUGUUUUAUUUUUUAAUUGACUGCAGAGAAAGUUUAAUUCUGUGCAAUGGCACUAUGCUGAAUUCUGGAACUACAGUCACAUUGAGAUUUUUGUGCACAGAAAAAUUUGGCCCUUGACUAAGAAUAAAAAAUUAGGACAAUUACCCUGUAAAAGUUUCUUAAUGUGAUUUAUCUUGUACUUUUUGUAUGUUUUUAUAUAUACAUACAUACAUACAUAUAUAUAUAUAUAUAUAUAUAUAUAUAUAUAUAUAUAUAUAUAUAUAUAUAUAUAUUUAAUGAG